CACAAAUAGAAGGCAACGAGCAUGGGCCGACCAAGCGACGAGAAGAGUCUCCUGCCGCCUCUCAAGACGCCGACGCCGGCGCCAACGCACCAGCCGCUCUCGACGUGGGAGGUCACAUUGCACUUGCUCAAGGGCAACAUUGGCGCCGGCGCGCUCUCGCUCCCGUACGCGUUUGCAAAAGCGGGCAUCUACGUCGCGCCAGUCGUCUACUUGUUCAUCGUGGUCAUUUGCAUCUACAACAUGAACCUGCUCCUCUACUGCAAAAACAAGCUGCGGCCCGAGCGCGGCAUGACGUUUGGCGACGUGGGCGGCGAGCUCCUCGGGAAGCACGGGAAGCGCGCGGUCAACGUCUUCCUCGUUGGGACGCAGCUGAGCUUUUGCUGCGUCUUCUUCACCGUUGUCGCCACCAACCUCCACGCGAUUUUGCCCGCCAAGCUCAGCCACGACUUCCAAGAGCGACAACUCAUCUUGCUCAUCUUUCCGAUCAUCCUCGGGCUAUCUUGGAUUCGCUCCUUGCACAAGAUCACGCCCUUCUCGGCCCUCGCGACGUUUGCAGUCCUCCUUGGCAUCGCUAUUGUAUUUUACUACUCGUACGCCUAUGCGAGCGCCGCGCAGACGCCGCCGCCACUGGUGACGACGUUCGCGUGGUCACGCCUCCCCGAGUUUUACGGCACGGCCGUCUACUCGUUUGAAGGCAUCGGCCUCAUCUUGCCGUUGGAGAAGGACAUGCACGACAGACGGCUCUUCCGCGGCGUGCUGCUGCGCACCAUGGCGUUCAUCCUCAUUCUCUUCCUCUUCCUUGGCGAGGUGCCAGUUCUCGCGUUUGGGUCGAUUGAGAAUGGCAGCAUGACGGCCGUGCUCCAGCGGUACUUUCCUGGCUGGUCGGUCACGCUGGCGAAUUUGCUCCUCGCGAUCGCGUGCUUGUUUUCGUUUCCGAUUCAGUUUUACCCGGCGCUCGAAGUCUUGGAGAAGCUCCUCGCGCGCCGCGGCUACCUCACGCCCAGCAUCCAGACCUUCAGCGACGUUGCGCCGCCGCCACGAAGCCGGGUCUGCCCCACACGCUGCGCGCCAGUCGAACCGCCUGUGCCACAAUGGCUCGAGAAUAUGCUCUCGACGUCGCAAUAUGAAGUGCGGCGUACGCUCUUCCGGUCGAUGCUCGUCACGUGCUUGAUGCUGGUCGCGAUCUGCGUCCCGAACGUCGGCCUUCUCAUUAGCCUCUUUGGCUCGGUGGGCUCGAGCAUGCUAGCCGUGAUCUUGCCGCCCGUGUUCUACCUCGCUCUGGAGCGCGACCGCGUCUGCGUGGCAUCGUGGGCGCUGCACAUCAGCAUCGUCGCUGUCGGCUGCGUCGGCAUGGUUGCCGGGACCAUCCAAGCGCUCGACGACAUAUUUGCUACCUUCCAAUAAGCGGGACCAACGUUGAGCUGUACGUACUUUGGCGACAGAGA